AUGAGGCCUAGGGUGAUAGACCAGACUCUUCUGAGACGAAAUCUAAUAAGGUCUCAGGGGAUAAGUGCUAGCAACAUCAACCAGAUGUACACCCGCUGGUUUCAUCACGAUAUACUUUUAAAUCACAACCACAGCCACAAUCAGACUCAAAACCAAACCCAUACUGACCAACUGGGCAAAGAGAAACAACCCAGUCAAGGAGAACCUGACGAGAUUUUGCCUCCCUUGAAACGAAAUAAAUCAGUUUUCAGUCAUGUGAAAGAUUUUUUCAACCCUCACUUGCCCAUAUCGCAUCUUCAAGGUCCAAAUUCAGGUAGCCAUAGCCAGACACAUACGGAAAGUUCAUUUUCCAGCCUAACACAUUCUCAUUCCCAUGGACACGUAGAAGCAGAUCGUGCAAUGCUUAGCAAGGAGGGAAAAAGGAUUACUUGGAUUGGCUUAGGAGUAAACUCUUCCAUGGCUGUCGGAAAGUUCUUAGGCGGAAUUUACUUCCAUUCUCAGGCUUUGCUGGCCGAUGCUGUACAUGCUGUGGGAGACCUGAUCAGUGACGUGUUGACGCUACUAACGGUAAGCUUCAGUAAUCAGGUCCCUAAUAAACUGUAUCCAUAUGGAUUUGGUAAAGUCGAAACUUUGGGUUCCAUGUUGGUCUCCAGUAUAUUAUUAUAUGCAGGUGUUUCCAUUGGCUGGAGUUCCCUUAUAGAAAUUAUUGGGCCUGCAUUACCCCACAGCAUAGUGGACACUUUAAGCUCCUUAACCCAUUCACAUAGUCACAGCCAUGCAGUGAGCGCAGCCGUUACCGAUGAGCAAGGAACUCAAGUUACAGAAGUAGCUGAUAUCAACGCUGCGUGGUUAGCGUUGGGUUCUGUUUUUGUUAAAGAGUGGUUGUUCAAGGCUACAAAGAGGGUAGGUGAAAAACUUGAUUCUCAAGUUUUGAUCGCAAAUGCAUGGCACCACCGUGUGGAUAGCCUGACUUCCAUCGUAGCUUUGGUUACCAUCUCUGGUGGCUACUUCUUGAACAUUUACUGGUUAGAUCCUGUAGGAGGACUGUUAGUCUCUAUGUUGGUCAUCAAGGUGGGAUUGGCAGGUACAUUCCAGGCAUUCAAGGAGCUUAUAGACAAAGCUGUAUCUCCUACAGACCCUCGUUACGUUAAUAUUGAGAAUUCUAUCAAUGUGUCUCUAAUGAAACACCAGCCAGAAUUACUGAUAAAAAAAUUGGAUGUUUUACCAUCUGGAACCAAUGUUGUCGCUAAUGUUUCUCUGGGAGUAGGACCUUCCCAUUCUUCAUACGAAAAUGUACUAACUCUGGGCCAGGUUGCUUCCCUAUCUGAGAAACUGGAGGCGGACUUGAACACACAGCAUGCUAACUUGAAGAAAGUUCUGGUCACUUUUGAAAAUGCUAAGAAAUAA